GCGAGGGCUCUUAGGCAAAUUUACUAUACAAGAAAAUCAAAUUGCUUAAGACAAUUCCACUGGAAUAUCCAGACACCACCCUCUAUAUCCAACCAGCUGAGCCUCAACCCUGUCCAGGUUGUAUUUUAAGUCACUAACUUUUAACACCCCACCCUAGUCCCCCCCACCCCACGUCCCCGUCUGUUUGAGGAUGUCUCCCGCGGGCUGUUUCUUGCUCUGGGCUGCAUUGCUCAUCCUAAGCGCUCCAAGGACUGACAGCGCCAGGUCCAAAGUCAACUCCAUCAAACCGCCGGCGGGCGGGCAACCCCCCGAUCCGAUUCCAGCCAACCGAUCCGCCGGCAUCCAGCUGGGGAAAGUCAGCAAGAAGAACCCGAUCGCCAGCCAGAAUCAAGCAUGCAGCAGUGAUAAAGAGUGUGGGCCCAGUGGUUACUGUCACCAUUCACACCAUCAAAGCUACCCGUCUUGCCUGACCUGCAGAAGGAGGAAGAAACGCUGCCAUAGAGACUCCAUGUGCUGCCCGGGGAACUACUGCAGUAAUGGUAUCUGUGUACCACUUCUUGAAGGCGCCAGCCGCAGAUCGCUGUCCGGGGACAUACAAGAACACACCAAGAAGGGAACUCACCAUGGAUCCAAAGGCACGUACUGGCAGAUUGUUGGCAACACGCAGGCGAAACCGUCACGUGAGAAAGGUCACGAAGGCGACUCCUGCUUACGCUCCUCAGACUGCGCCGAAGGAUUUUGUUGCGCUCGCCACUUUUGGACCAAGAUCUGCAAGCCAGUUCUUCGCCAGGGGGAAGUGUGCACAAAACAGAAGAGGAAGGGUUCACAUGGCUUGGAGCUUUUCCAGCGCUGUGACUGCGCAAAAGGACUUGCCUGUAAAAUCUGGAAAGAGGCCAAAUCAAGGCUGCACAUCUGCCAGAAAAUCUGAGUGCACUGGCGUUCCUCUACAGCCCCGAGACAAUGAAACAAGGUUCUUCGUAGGAGCAUAUUGUGUAAAUAAUGCAGCAUUUGUUAAAGUGCCAUUUCUUUCACAAGAGUUCAUUCACGCUUAAUGCAAAAGCACACAAGAGGACCAGGUCUGAAGACCUGGCCAUUCUGACCAUUACGUGAUCAGUUAGCACUCCCAAAUUAAUCGGAGGCCGUUUCUGGCUUCAGUGGGGAGUGUUGCACCGUAGCCUUUGAUAUUUCCUUUUUUGGGUUUAUGAUGUUUUUUCGAGAAAAAAAAAUCAUUCUCGGGGUGCAGGCACCGCAGGCAAGGCUGGCAUUUAUUGCCCGUGCCUGGUUGCCCCCUGUGACGGCGGCAGUGGGCCUUCUUUUUGAACUGCCGCGGUCAGCGUGGUGAAGGUGCUGUGAGGUAGGGAGGCUCAGGUUUUUGAUCCAUGUAUUAGAAUCUAAAAAAAAAAGACUCUGCAACGGUCCAGAGGGCGGGAUUUUCCAGCCCAGCCCACUGCCGGGAUUCUCUGGU